UAAACUCUUGGAGAGUCUUUCAAAUAUUAGUAACUAGCCUCUCCUAUGCCGUUUUGAGAGUCGGCAACUCCUCUCCAAUUUCUUCACCCUCUGUGGUGCGUCUCCACCCUUUUGUGGUGAGGUUUCCUAAGCCUUAGUCUCAGUUUUAAUUCUUUUAAUGUCUCUUUUUCAUCCUAUCUCUCCUUGUGCUUGCCCAAUUUCUCAUCAGAUUUUCAAAUCUACUAUCAAACCUCCCAUCCUCCUCCAUAUCAGACACCUCACCUCACCUCUCAUCUUUAUUUGAUUUUUCUCUUUUUCCACAAUCUCAUCUUCACAUUCAACUCUUGGAGUCUUGACAUGAAUUUGUUCAAUUAACUUCACACCUGAAGAUUGCAGUAGUAUCGGCAAGCCACCGAAACUUGUGGAUAUCGCCGGACCAGUGGUGUUGUGAUGCUUGGUGGUCUCCACCUCCACUACUACUUUUACUAAGUUCUUUGUUUGUUCUUGUUGUUCUUCCUGUGCAUGCAAUUUCGAUGUGGAGAAUGAUGGUGGAGAGUUAUUUAGCUUCUGGAAGUCAAGCUUCUGUCGGAGCUCAUAUAGUCAUGGUGGUACUCACGGAGGCCAGCUUCUGUGUUGUACCGAAGAUUUUGGUUUUAUAUCUAGGAUUUUCUGGUAUUUUGGGCUUUUGGGCCCCGGAACUGACGUGUAGUUAUAAGUUUGUCUAUUGGCUCUUUGGGCCUAGGACUCCUAUUUUCUUUGUAUUACCUUUGUAAUAUGCGUUUCAUCUAAUGAAUGAGUUAUUUGACAGAAAAAAGAAAACAAAAAUCUUGAGAGGAGUGACUAUUUCUCGUGUUUUCUCUUUUGGAUAAAAAUCAUUUUAAUUCAUAUUGGGGGCCUAUUUUUUGAAAAAUUGAACCGUUACGACUUACCCAAAACAGCCAACGGCUAGUUAUUCCCAAAUUCGCACCUGAUAGCCUUGGGGAAAGUUUCCAUCCCUUCCAAAAUUCGCACCUGGUAGCCUGGCGCUCUGUCUGCCUCUGAUUCUUUCUUUCUCUCUUAACCAAUAACCAGGAUUUGAGAGGAGCCCAUUGGAAGGUGUCAGGGUAGACCCUAAUUGCUCGACCACAGUAUUCAAAUUAGGAUCGACCUGUGGAAAUUAGGAUCGAGCUGACCUGAGGUAGGUGUGGAUUCUGAGAUUCUUAUAUAUGUAAUUUCAAAUAUCUGUGCAUCUAUCACGGAAUAUGGAUCAAUUGAUGGUGGAAAAGUUGGCAUUGGGCACGGGUGAGGGCGCAGCAGCCCCUCAUCCUCAGCGGCGGCCAAGGGUGAGGGAGGUGAGCUCUAGGUUCAUGUCUCCUGUGGCGGGUGAUCCCUUUCCUACCAGAUCACCUCUUCCUAAACAUCAACAGGGACAGGGUGUCUCAACUCCAAGCCCGUACCUUGCAGAAAGACAGAGGUCAUCCUCCGUGAAUAGGCCACGGAGGCACUUGGACUUGGAGCCAUUCCGCUGCUCUGACGAGAACAGGCCCGCCCGCCCCGAGUCUCCUCUGCCACCAGAUCAGGCAAGGAAACAGCGUCCUGUCCCUGUCCCUGUCCCUGUCCCUUUUAAAGAGAACGGAGGAGGCAAACCCCAACUUCAUCAUCUUCCUAAAACAUGCCCUGGGAAAGUAAGCAAUAAUGCUUUUACUACACCCUCACGACCUGACACACCCAUGGUGACUGCUAGUCUCGAUAGGACAAGAAUCAGACAGCGGUCUUCCAAUUCCAAUGUCAGUAGUGCCACAGCAGCUACUAAGCUCUUGCAAUCUACCACUGAGGCCACCUCCAGUGACACUAAUCGCACUCAAAUCACCAGAAGGUGUCUUCCUGAUGUUCGCUCCUCCAUGCCCGAGGCCGAUAUGUUGUUGCCGACUGUUUCCAGUAGACCGGCGACCGAAAAAAGUUGUAACAGGCCUAAUGCAACUGUCAAUGGCAGCGAUUUUUCAAAAUUUUCUGCUUCCCCUUGCUCCCGUUCUCUCAAUUUGCCACUGUCAAGCUCCGAGCACUUACUCUUCCAGUCAAUCAAAGGCAGUGACAAAUUAGAAUGUGCUUUCUCCAAGCCAUAUGCAAAUGCAGUGAAGAUGGCCGGCCUCUGUCUGCCCCCAGUCCCACCAUGUGCUAGUGCAAAGCCAGGUUCAGAAAUAAGGAAAGGAAAGAAAGUUUCUAGUCUCCGAGAAGAUGCUCAUUCCUUGAGAUUGCUGCAAAACCGCUAUUUGCAGUGGAGAUAUGCCAAUGCAACAGCACAGGCUUCCAUGCUAGCUCAGCAGAGAGAGACUGAGAGAACACAUUAUUCUCUUGCAUUAAAGAUAACAGAACUAUAUGAUUCUGUGAAGAGAAAACGGAUAGACCUUGGCGUUUUGCAAAGAACAAAGACUUUAUCGACAAUUCUUGAAGCUCAAAUUCCAUAUUUGGAUCAGUGGUUUUCUCUUCAAGAGGAUUAUUCAAUUUCUCUGGCAGAAGCAACUCAAGCUUUGUUGAAUGCAUCACUCCGGCUUCCAAUCAGCGCCAAUGUUAAGGCUAAUAAACAAGAGGUAGAAGAGGCACUGAACUCAGCAAUGGAAGUGAUGGAGAAAAUAGUUUUCCAUGUUCAGCAAUCUAUGCCGAAGGCAGAGGAAACAGACCAUUUGAUUUCGGAUCUAGCAAGAGUGAUUGGUGGAGAAAGAGCUUUCGUUGAAGAAUGUGGAAAUCUGUUGUCCAAGACAUAUACAACACAGGUGGAAGAGUGUAGCGUAAGGGGUCAUAUUAUCCAGUUGAAACAACACUGUUGAGUUGCUGUUAGAGUGAGAAAUGAAUCCAGAGUGUAACAACAUUGCAACUGGGUGAGCAAUGAAUAAGUUGUUGCUUAAGGGGCCAUAUAAUUCAGUUGAAACAACACAGUUGAGUUGCUGUCAGAGUGAGCAAUGAAUCCAGAGUGUAACAAGAUUGCAACUGGGUGAGUAAAUGAAUAAUUUGUUGCUUAAGGGGCCAUAUAAUUCAGUUAAAACAACACUGUUGAGUUGCUGUCAGAGCGAGCAAUGAAUCCAGAGUGUAACAAGUAACAACAUUGCAACUGGGUGAGCAAUGAAUAAGUUGUUGCAGCAUGUCAUGUGUGCUAGUUAGGUGAAUAGUGUGAUUUAGCAAUAUACAUACGUGAUUUUUCAACAAAACCGGUGAAGUCCUUGAUUCUACUUUUCUUUGCAAGGAGAGUAAUUCUAUUUCUUUUAUUCUUUUAUUUUUUUUAUUACUGUAUUUUUUUUUUUUUUUGAGGAAAAGAGAUAAUAUCAUUCAUUUAUCCAUGGCCAGAAGACACGUACAUCAAAUGUUGUCUUACACCAAAAUCAUAAAAGGUAUAAGCUACUAGGCAAAGGACAGGUGAACCUCACUGUUGUCUUAACACAUGCGCUCACUUAUUGAGCCUACAUACAGGAGAUCAAAUCCUCACUUUAAAACCUCUCUUUGAAAAGUAAACCUAGUUGCCUAGAGAUCUCAAUUGGUGUACAACUAGAGAGAACUAAGAGGUAAAUAGUAAAAAACUCAAUGUCAAGUACUAGGCAAGGAGACCCAGGAACCAAAAUCUGCCGCGAACCCUCUGCCUGUGUCGACACUGCUGCCAGCUAAAACCAUGGCAUAAGGAGCCCAUUCAGCCCCAAUCGUCGCUCACUCACACCGUCAACCCAUCCGGCUGC